GAAAAAUCACGUGCGCACAUAUGUGAGGAGGGGGGCGAAACUCUUGUGGAGACAUCUCUGUAUGCUUAUAUACGGUCGAUUUCCUGAAAUCACUGCUCUGUCAAAGGAGUUAAUUGGUCCAACAAUGUCACAUUGGCAGAGGUUAUUAUCAAGAAUGCAUCACUUCCAAGCUGUGUCAAUGCAGGCACAGACGGUAUACACACGCAUUUUGUCACAUCGGACCCGACAUGUCAGCACCGGAGUAUCAACAAGAAGUGACCUCUUAAAAAGUCUAGAGCUUCACAUGAAAAACAUGCGCAAAAAGGCAGCAGCGGCUCUACCAGGUAGUGACUGGAGCCCCUAUGAGAUGACACCUGGGCUCCCACCAGAGAGAGUGGAUAUCUUAAUUGUUGGUGGGGGAGUUGUGGGAUGGUCGAUAGCCUACUGGCUAAAGAGGAAAACAAGACCACGGGACUCUUUGCGAGUGCUGGUUGUGGAAAAGGAUCCUACAUAUGCCCAGGCCUCUACUGUGUUGUCAGCUGGAGGAAUUCGACAACAGUUUUCUUUGGCAGAGAACAUACAACUCUCUCUAGCAUCUGCUGACUUCUUGAAGAAUAUCAAUGAUCAUCUUGGUGUGCUCAAUGAAGAUCCCGUGGACUUGCAGUUCAACCACUCAGGGUACCUCUUCGUAGCAAGUGAAAAGGGGGCGCAUGUUAUGGAAGCAAACUAUCAGACCCAAAGGUAUGCUGGUGCCAAAGUCAAACUUCUGUCUCCAACACAGCUCAAAGUCAUGUUUCCAUGGAUUAAUACUGAUGGAGUGGCACUAGCCUCUUACGGUCUUGAGAAUGAAGGCUGGUUUGACCCCUGGACACUCCUCUAUGCUUUCAGACGCAAAGCUUUGUCAAUGGGAGUUGAGCAGUGCUUUGGAGAAGUCACAGGUUUUAAUCACAGAGUUCACUCCGUAGAAAACAAAGAGAUGGGACGACUUCACAUCAAAAGGAUUACUCAUGCAAAUGUGCAGAUGCCAAACAGUAUAGAAUUCCAGCCUGUAGAGUGUACUGUUGUGAUCAAUGCAGCAGGUGCCAAUUCUGGAAAAGUAGCAGAAAUGGUUGGUAUUGGCUAUGGCCCGCAAGGAAUGGUGAAAGGGACUCCUAUACCAGUUGAACCCAGAAAAAGAUACAUCUAUGUGGUACACUGUCCACAUGGACCAGGAAUGGACACCCCUUUCUUAGUUGAUUACUCAGGAGUAUAUCUCAGAAGGGAGGGACUUGGAGGGAACUACAUCACUGGACUGUCACCCGAUGAGGUAGAAGAGCCGAACUCUACAAACCUUGAUGUUGACCAUGAUUUCUUCCAUGAAAAAAUCUGGGCAAAUUUGGCUCAUCGUGUUCCUGCUUUUGAAUGUUUAAAGGUUACAAGUGCAUGGGCUGGUUUUUAUGACUACAACACCUUUGAUCAGAAUGGCUUAUUGGGAAUCCAUCAUCAAGUGCGAAAUAUGUAUUUUGCCACUGGAUUUAGUGGACAUGGGCUGCAACAGUCUCCUGCCAUUGGUCGCGCCAUGGCUGAGCUUAUUUUAGACGGAAGCUACCAAACUCUGAAUCUUAGUGCCCUGGAUGUUAAGAGGAUUUUUUAUGAAGAACCCUUAUUAGAGAAAAAUAUUGUAUGACGGAAUUGUAUUGUGAUGCCAUGGCUGAGUUUAUUUAAGGUGAAAGCUAUUAAUAUAGUGUUUUUAAGCCAUGCUAUGUACUCAAUAAACACAGAUCUGCUAUUAAAUAAA